AUGAACCAGCAAAAUAUCUUUCAGCCUAAGAGCCUAAAGAGAAAGAACCUCAAGAGGCUGCAGCUGGACCAUGGGGGUGAGAGCUUUGCAGUUGGUGGAUGUGAUGGGGUUGGAGUUGUUAGUGGGGAUAAGAAGAACGCCUUAGUUGGAAGUAAGGUCACAUUACAUAUGAAGCGAUUGAAUAGGCCCUUAAGCCUGGACAUUGAGCGCGCCAGUGUGAAGUCGAAGGUGGUAAUUGCGCAACCAAGCCCAACUGCUUCUGAGCACUCUGUCAACAGUCUUAGUCCAGUCACUCCAGAUCCUGUUAAAUGUGCUAUGUUAGAUGAGAGCUUUGCGAAUAAUUUUUCUAGGUUAUCGAUAUUCGAAGAUGGAAAGAAGGACAUACAGUUGGAGGACUUGGUACAGCUGGGCAAGAUCGGUGCGGGGAACUCUGGGACCGUGGUGAAGACACUACAUGUACCGGACUCACGGAUCAUUGCGAAGAAGUCGAUUCCGGUGGAAAAUAGUGAGCUUGUGAAAAACCAGCUUAUGCGGGAACUCACCAUCAUGAAGAAUGUUAAGGAACACGAUAAUAUUGUGGGAUUCUAUGGCGCUUAUUAUACCUCGAUUACGAAUCAUGAAAUUAUUAUUUUAAUGGAAUACAUGGAUUGUGGGUCUCUUGACAAGAUCUCAGGGACGUAUAAACGAGCUUGCAAUAGAAAUAAGGAACCCAUCAAUUACUCUACUUCUUGGUUCACAGAGUUAUCUCUUUCGAAAAUCUCGUAUGCGAUUCUAAAGGGUCUAUCAUACUUACACCGAGAAUACAAGAUUAUACAUAGAGACAUCAAGCCUUCCAAUAUUUUGAUCAAUUCUAAAGGUUGUGUAAAAAUCUGUGAUUUUGGCGUCUCCAAGAAGAUGAUUGAUUCAAUUGCAGACACAUUUGUUGGGACUUCUACUUAUAUGUCACCAGAGCGUAUCCAAGGGAGCUGUUAUUCUACGAAAGGUGAUGUUUGGUCUUUGGGACUGAUGAUAAUAGAAUUAGUAACAGGAGAGUUUCCGUUAGGCGGACAUAACGAUACACCAGAGGGUAUUCUGGAUUUACUACAGCGUAUAGUGAACGAAAGUCCACCAUCGUUGCCUGCUAGUGCUGGUCUAUCCGCGGAUAUCAUUGAUUUCGUUAAUUGUUGCUGUGUAAAGGACGAAAGGAACCGAUCCUCGUUGACGGAACUUAUGAAGCAUAAUUAUAUUAUGAAAUAUACGAAUAACAGUGACUAUCAAAGGAAAUUUAGACGUUGGUGUAAAAAGAUCAAGAAGAUGAUUAAAGAAGAUAAGAUGUAUCAACGAGAGGAGAUCGAGAAAGCCAAGAUAGUAAAUAGGCAGCUAGAGAGGUCUGCCCAGGCAGCGGCAGCUGCGCGAUGUGGUGGUCGAUAA